CCUGAUUCGAGAGUACCGUGACGUCUUUCCCCCGUAUUUCUCAUACAGCGGGAUUCCUUCGAUGCGCGGUGUUGAGCAUUCUAUCCAGCUCGUGCCCGACUAUUGUGUUCACCAUCAGGCACCGCACCGACUCUCGAUCCCAGAGGCGACGGAACUGAAGUGUCAGCUUGAGGAGCUCCUUCGACUGGGUUUCAUUAAACCGAGUAACUCCCCUUGGGGUGCACCUGUCCUCUUUGCUCGCAAAGCGGACGGAACUCUCCGCCUUUGCAUCGACUAUCGCGGCCUUAACCGUUACACGGUUAAGAACAACUAUCCCAUGCCGCGCGCGGAUGAGCUGUUUGACCGUCUGGCAGGCAACCGCUUCUUCACGAAGAUCGAUCUUCGUAGUGGUUACCACCAGAUCCGCGUUGCCGCAAAGGACCAGCCGAAGACUGCCUUCCGGUCGCGUUUCGGCCAUUACGAGUUCACGGUGAUGCCAUUCGGCCUCACCAAUACACCCGCCACCUUCCAGACGACGAUGAACGAUAUCUUGAGGGACAUCCUUGAGGAAUACGUUCUCGUAUACCUGGACGACAUCUUGGUCUACAGUCGUACCUUAGAAGACCAUAUCAGACACCUCUGCGAUGUCCUACAGCGCUUACGCAAGCAUGGCUUCUAUGUCAAGCUCAGUAAGUGCCGCUUUGCCCAGCGCAAAGUGGACGUCCUAGGACACCAUGUGUCUGACCAGGGUCUCCACAUGGACGACGCGAAGAUCACUGCUAUUGCAGAGUGGCCCGUCCCCACAUCUGCCAAGCAGCUUCGCAGUUUCCUAGGCCUCACCAGCUACUAUAGUAAUUUCAUCCAGGGAUACGCUAGGUAUUCCUACGUCCUUACCUCCAUCCUCCUCUGGAAGAACCCGUCGUGGUUUAGGACACCCCUCUGCGAGGACACCUUCCGCGCCCUUAAGAAGGCGGUGACUUGUGCGCCGGUUCUUCGUCUCCCUGAUUUUGAUCGCCCCUUCAUCAUCACCACCGAUGCGUCAGAUUUUGCAGUAGGAGCUGUACUUUCCCAGGUGUUUCCCUCUCCCCCUGAUUCACCUUAUCAACAUGUUUCUCCCUUCCAUCCCCCUCCUGCUGACACUGCUUCUCGACUGAUGCCUAUCCUAUCACCACUUCCCUCCACUGACAGUCCUCCCAUUACUUACUUCCCGACCAUCGCGGAGGAUGGGACUGUCGAGGCUCGUCCUGGGGAUUGCCUGAUCGCCUUCUACUCCCGUCAACUACUUCCUGCCGAGAUAAACUACACUGCCAAUGAACGUGAGGUUCUCGCAGUAGUUUAUGCUACCCGACAUUGGCGUCAUUAUCUGCACGGGGCGCCCUUCACGGUGCGCACGGACAACUCAGUUGUCCAGGCCUUCCUCACGAAGCCCAAGCUCUCCCCUCGACAGGCACGUUGGUGGCGUGACUUAUCCGAGUUCAUUUUCACCACUCAGCCCAUCAAGGGUGAAACGAACCGCGUCGCCGAUGCCUUGUCCCGCCGUCCUGAUCACAAUCAGGAACCCAUCCAUCUUGCUGUCAUCUCCAUCACCACUGUUGAUCAAUCGGCGAUCGAUGCAUAUCGCACCCAGUACCGUCACUGCCCGGAUUAUCGCGUCAUCCACGCGACCCUGCGGAGUGGUAAGACCGUUCCCUCAUACUCCCUCGGUGAGAACGGUCUCGUGUACUGGCAUAGCAGAUCUGGUCAGCUAGAACCACGUAUCUGCGUUCCCUCCACCGGACAGCUCCGCGUCCAGGCUGUAGCAGAGUUCCAUGACCAGGCAGCUGCCGGUCAUAUGGGCUUCCACAAGACGUUGGCUCGUGUUUGCCGCUAUACGUCUGGCCGAAGUCCAAGGACUUYGUCAAAGCCUACAUCCAGGAGUGUCCUACUUGCCAGGAGGUGAACAGUGCGAACCAGCUUCCGUAUGGGUUACUUCAGCCCUUACCCAUACCCGAGGGUCGUUGGCAGUCCAUCUCGAUGGAUUUCAUUGGUCCCCUCCGCCCACCCACUAAGCGCGGUCAUGAUGCUCUCUUGGUCGUCGUCGAUCGCUUCACGAAGCGUGCACGUUUUGUCUCAUGCCGCUAUCGCAUUAGCGCUCGUGAGGUGGCCGACAUCGUCUUCGACCGAGUCGUGAGAGAUCACGGCUUACCUCAAAGCAUCAUCUCCGACCGUGACCCGCGCUUUACCAGCACAUUCUGGUGAUGCCUACACGAG